UAAGGACAGGAGUCGAUGGCGGGAGAGAAGAGCGCGGGUGAAAAAAGGUCAAACAAGAGGCGAAAAUAAAAUAAUAAUAAAAAAAAACAGAGUGAAAGUAAAGCUGUGAUGUGGAUGAAACGGACAGUGAGCGCAGUGUAACCGUGACAACGAGACACGAGGACGGAUUUAAAUCGAGGAUAAUAAACUGUCUCCAGAAGAAAAAGUCUUCGGCUCGCCACAGUUGAAGCAGCAAUGAGUUCAGCUCAGUAUCUGAGAGAGUUCAUCAAGGAGAGACUAACUGCUGCUUGUGAAGAAAUCUUCUCAGAGGUUCAAAAAACCAUCGUCCAGUAUGAGGAGGAGAUCAACCGUCAGCACAGACUGCUGGAUAUCAGCCGGAAACCCGACAGAAACUCACACAUCACAGACCUCCCACAACAAUAUGACUGUGAGGAAGAGGAGGGUCUAGAUGAGCAUCAGGUCUGUAACCAGGAGAGUAACUCCAGUCUGGACCAGGAGGACCCAGAGCCUCAGACCCAGAUUAAAGAGGAACAGGAGGAGCUCUGCAGCAGUCAGGAGGGAGAGCAGCUUGGACUGAAGCAUGAGUCUGAAGACAUUAUCAUCUGGACUGAUGAAGAGCAGCUCAGACUGCUGGAGACCAUGUGGAAACCAGAGUUAAAGUUGGAUAGAAUAGACGCCACACAGCAGCAGGUCUGUGACCAGGAGGACCCAGAGCCUCUACACAUUAAACAGGAACAGGAGGAAAUCUGCAGCAGUCAGGAGGGAGAGCAGGUUGGACUGAAGCAGGAGACUGAACAAAAACUAAACAGUGAGCAGCUCCUUUCUCACAGCUCUCCUGAAGCAGAGAGCCAAGAAGAUAAAACAGGUCACAAUCAGAGAGUAGACAACACUCCUGCAUCAGACAGUCAGAGUAAAACUGAAACAAAGACAAAUGUUCUAACAUGUGACAACUGUGGAAAAACUCUCAACUCUGAAUCCGAACUGACUACACAUCGGAGAGUUCACACAGGUUUUAAAUCAUGUUGUUGUUGUUGGACCUGUAGGACAAAAUUCUGUCAGUACUGGAAACUUCACACAGGUAAGAAAUCACAUCCUUGUAGCACCUGUGGGAAGGAAUUAAUUUCGAAGUCAGCACUGGAAGCUCACAUAAGAACUCACACUGGUGAGAAGCCGUAUUCUUGCGGCACCUGUGGGAAAAGAUUCAGUCAGAAAUCAGCACUGAAAAUUCAUACAAGAACUCAUACAGGUGAGAAACCGUAUUCUUGUAGUACCUGUAAAAAAACAUUUGGUCGGAAAUCGACACUGAGAUCUCACAUAAGAACUCACACAGGUGAGAAGCCGUAUUCUUGCAGUACCUGUGGAAAGAAAUUCAAUUGUAGCUCACACUUAAAGAGACACAUAAGACAAAUUCAUACUGCUUCAAAUAUUCAUGGUUACAAAGUGUGAGACAGCUUUGAGUCGUAGUAGUGUGUGGGUGGUAGAGCUCACUAACCAGAAGUCAAAUGGCUGCACUGAUUUAAAUAAAUGUAGAAACUGAUGUUUUGACUCUUACAAUCUUUUCACAUUUGUGACCUUUAUCUGGUCAGUCCUUGAGCAUGGGUGUAUAGUUUUAUGUUUUAUGAUAAGUGUGGUUUGGAUGAUCCUGUGGCUGGACUCCAGAGUAGGAUCCGUUUGGCAGUGACUGUAGUUGUAAUGGCUCUGCUAACGUAUCCAGAAUUGAAGACGUGUUCCAGUUUUUUGUUCGAGACUGAAAUAAAUAUGUGUGUUGAGGAAAAAGGCAGGGUGUUUUCUUUUUUUUCUCUCUUUUUUUUUUUAAACAAAACAGUCUUAGAGAAACUAUUUGUACACAGAAUGUGCUCGUUUUUAUUGAAAAUGUAACCACUAGGUGGCAGUGUUUCAUGAGACAGAGUUAGUGUAGCUGCCCCUACAGUAAGAAAGAAGGAAAUCCCUGUUCUUAUUUGAGCUAGUUGCUAGAAGUUGCUAAAUGUCAUUGACUUUCUGUGGUUUCUGGUUGUUAAUGAUUAGCAAAAUUAGGCUUCAUGAAACCAGCUCCACAGGGACACCUGCUGGCCAAUUUUGUUAUUGCUACAUGUUGUAAAUGCUGUUGUGUAAAACAAUGAUUCAGAUAAGCCCAGCACAAUUUUAAACAAAGUUCCUUACUACACCAGGUGAUCAGUAAUUAUGAUAAACACAAUUUUGAGAAAUACUCAUACAAUCAAAUAAAAUAUUGAGACUGUUAAAGAAAACAAGCUCAACUGUUGUCAGGAAAAUUCUCCAUCUGUUAACAAGACUGACUGAGAUGUGUUACUGUAAAACCACACAGGGUUUCAACUGUUUUUGGAUUCAGUUGGCUUUGGUUUUUGCUCACAGCCCACAAAGUUUGGUUGACAUUUACAAUUUCUAGUUCUACAACAUCAUCAUCAGUUCUAUAAACUCUCAGCCAAAGGUAACAGCUGGCAUAGCAUUAGGUUCUAGUUUAAAUUAAUUAAAAAGCAUAUAUUGAAAUGGAAAAAAAGACUAAAUAUGCUCUCCUAUAUAAAAAAGUAACGUUUGUUAUAUUUUCAUGAGCUUAUUCUGACCAAUCAUAAUAGUCCAUUUCACAUACAUUUUAAAAUAAUUCUCUGUCGACAAGUGUCUGUCAUCAUCUAUGUGACGGAAAUCACAGAAUACGAUUAUUUAUUUAAUUACACUUCUAGUGAUUCUAGUGUUUGCGCAGACAAAUGUAGUUUCUUAAUCUACAGCAAGGUAAGAGAGACAGUUUUCUUUUGCACAUGUUCGUGUAAUAUUCAUGUCAUUUUACAGAGUAAUGCAAAAGUAAUCAGUGUUGGGAAGGUUACUUUUAAAAUGUAUUUCACUACAGAUUAUUGAAUACAUGCCCCAAAAUGUAUUUUGUUACAUUACUCUGAAUAACGUAGCGGAAUACUUUGGAUCACUUAAUAUAUUAUCAUGCUUUUUACAACUACAUGAAUGUACUCAUCCUGUGUGAUUUUGAAGGUUACUCGUUAUACUAAUACCAACUAGAUUUUUAAAUCUUAAUAUAAAGUGAGUAACAGUAGGGUGGACAUUAGGUAAGGCUGCACUUUUUGCAGCGAUCUCGAAUACAAAACUAUUCCGCACGUAUAUGAAACAGGUCCGCGGCUCCGAACCAUAGUAAAGGGACCUCUGACUAAUACGUUGGCUUCCUUGUCGGGCCGAAAACUAUCUUUACUUUGUUAUCUGGGUCAACUUUGCACAGCGAGACAGAGAGAGGCGUUGAAAGGCUGCCCCAAAAGAACUUAUUGUUUUUAGGAAAAAAAAAACACGAAAACAGUGUACAGUCAAAUCUUUAUAGCUUACUUAAAACUGGGCUCGUCAGGCACUCUUCUUGGCUGCAGUGGUUAUUAUUAUAUUUACAUGCUUCCAGCUCCCGUUUCUGCUCGGUGAGAACUCGUACUUUUCCACUCUCCUUUUUCUCCCUCCCUCACGCUCACAGACACACAACAGGUAUGGCAAUCCAUUCUCCCUCAGCAUGGACUACACUGCCCAUGAGGCCACAUUCUCUAGAGCUAUGCCUGUAACACUCUGCCUAUUGCCUUCAAUUAAAAAUUAAAAUUAAAUAUUUUUUGAAUAAUAAUUUGUAAAAAUAUUUCAUCACGUCAUUAUGAGGGCCACAAGUAGAGGUGACAUGAGCCAUGAGAUUGAGACCCAGGCAUUACAGCCUCUUAAUGCGUGUUUUGUUUGGGUUUCCACCACCAUGGAAUUACCAAACAUAGAGAGGGUAUAGACUAACAUAUGAAACAGGAAAAUACCCCGUGUAGAUCCCGUGUAAUCCAUUUAUUUCAACAAAGUAACUGUAUUCUGAAUACCACCUUUUUAAAUGGUAACUGUAAUGGAAUACAGUUACUCAUGUUCUGUAUUUUAAAUACGUAACGCCGGUACAUGUAUUCCGUUACUUCCAACAUGCAUAAACAUUUGACCUGACAGCAUGUAAUUAAUUGGCACAAUGUAUUUGAUUUGAUUUGCUGCUUGGUGAUAGUGGUGACUCUCAAAGCAGAGCCAAGGAGAUUUGAUAGGAGAAUCAAGAAGUGAUACUGAGAAUGGAAUCGGAAUGUCAAAAUUCUUAUCAAUCUAAUCACAUCCCUAAGAAGUCGUUUGGACCUCUGUGCCAGACAGCAGGAAGGUCUGAAGUUUUUCAACAAUGUCUUAUGUCUUUGUGUUUCCCUGAUGAGCAUCACUAAUAAAUAAUACCGAUUUUUUCACACAACUUUUAUUCCUUGAAUUAUUUUUCUAUUGGCAGCAAAUAAUUUUAUUGUUCUACUAGCACAAAUAUCAGAUUAUAAAAUGGGAGACAUGCACUGUAUAGCUGACCUCAUAUCAACUCUUAACUUGGACUAUGUUGGAAUUCUGCCUUUAUAUCUCAAACCUUUAAACAGCACCGAGUCUGCACCAGAGAAUAAGAACUCAAACUGUCUGAAGCAGGUUAGCCUCAUUUAUUAGAGGCAAUCAAGUCUUAUUUUUCGGUCCAGUUUAAAGUUUGCACUUUUCAACUCUAAUUGAGCGUUCACAGUGCUUUUUACAACUUGCCCCGUUCACCCACUCAAGCAAGCUUUUUUUUCUAUGCUGUUCCUAUGUAAGUACUUUCUAACAUUCACACACAACUUUCACAAACACACACGCACUGAUAUUGUUUCAUGCUUAAAUUUCAAUUGAACUGCUAGACAAUUUGCCUCACUGUUAGAAAAACCAAAUGACAAACCGAGACGGAGCAGAGGCACAAAGUUUGACCUUAUCUUGCCAGAGGUGUAAACGGGGAAGUCUGUUGCGCUUUUAUACACUGCCUCCUAGUGACACAACCUGAGGAGUUGUUUAAACAUAGCAAAACAAACGGGGGUGAAUGUACAUGCGACAGGUGUGUGCCAUGCUUAGUUGUUUCAUCAUAAAUGGAACGGCACAAACAUGCAGACUGUUUGGGGAUUGAACCACCAACCUUAUGAUUAAUAGAUAACCUGCUCUAUCUCUUGCAAAGCCAGCUGUGUCUCCCCUGGUAAAUUUUCUCAUAUAAAAUUUUUAAGUAUAGCUGUGUAUUUGCAAAUGAUAGUCCUUGUUGCACAUUAAGCGUGUUUCAUGACUGAUUUCAAUGCAGUGAAAGCAGAGGCAGUGGCAGCUUGUCAAGUGUGCUAAUCUCCCUUAACAUAUGAUGCAUUUUCUGCCGUUGUUGUCAUUCUGACUAUAAAAUGUAAUUUUAAAGAUUCUAUUAAAUGAAGAUAUCAUUAUCUUU